AUGGCAACCAGCAACAUCUCUUUGUUAGCUCCUCAAAUCUUUGCGGGAGAAAACUAUCAAAUUUGGUCCGUAAAGAUGCAAACAUACCUGGAAGCAUUUGAUCUUUGGGAAGUUGUAGUUGGAGACAAACCAAUAGCUCCACUUCCGGCGAAUCCUACCUUAGCACAAAUCAGAGCUCAUACUAAUGAAAAGACCAAAAAGAUUAAAGCUAAGACUUUAAUCCAAAAUUCAAUUGUUGACUCAGUAUUUCAUAGAAUUAUGAAUUGUAGGACAACCAAAGAAGACUGGGACAAGCUUAAAUUGGACUAUCAACGAAGUGAUAGAACCAAACAAAUGCAAGUGCUGAAUUUGAAAAGGGACUUCAAGUCUCUAACCAUGCAAGAGGAUGAAACUAUCACCAAGUAUUCUGACAGAAUUGCUUUGAUUGUUAACAAAAUCAGGUCGCUUGGUGAAGAAUUUCCUGAUGCAAGGAUCGUGGAGAAGGUUCUUGUGACACUUCUUGAGAGGUUUGAGUCCAAGAUUUCAUCUCUUGAAGAAUCUAGGGACCUUUCACAAAUUUCACUUGUUGAAAUGAUGAACGCACUCCAAGCACAAGAGCAAAAAAGAGCUUUGAGGCAAGAGAACGUCACAGAAGGUGUUUUUCAAAUGCAGACCCUACAAUCUAAUAAAGACAAAAACCAGUUCAGUAAGAAGAAAAGUAAAAGCAGAGAAAAGAGCAGCAAAUAA